GGAUCAAGAGCGGCUCAAUGGCAGAGAAUGCAUCGUGCUGACUCCAGCUCAAACGGUGCCCAGUCCCUGUCUGGACACUGGCACUAUAUAAGCCGAAGAGGCCGGUCCAGAGGGUACGCGGCUCAUGGAGGAACUGUCGGCAUUCAGCGAGCGAGACUUACACAUCUGUUUGCCUUGAGAGGUUUUCAGCUAGCAGUGAAGACUCCCCUGUUCCUUCCUGUUUUUAACAGUGCUUAAGAUUUCACCUCUGUCGCCAAGAUGGCUCAAACCAACCCACAACAGGCACAGUUUGGUCCCUGGAAGAUCACCAUCUACGACCAAGAAAACUUCCAGGGCAAGAGGAUGGAGUUUGCCGCCUCCUGCCCCAGCAUCAUGGAGUGCAGCUUUGACAACAUCCGCUCGUUCAAAGUGGAGAGUGGCGCGUGGUUUGGUUACGAACACACCAACUACUGUGGGCAGCAGUUUGUGCUGGAACGUGGUGAAUACCCCCGGUGGGAGGCCUGGAGCGGGAGCAACGCUUACCACGUCGAGCGGCUGAUGUCCUUCCGCCCCAUCAACUCCGCGAACCACAAGGAGUCCAAGAUCACCCUCUUUGAGAAGGAGAACUUCAUGGGGCACCAAUGGGACCUCCAAGACGACUACCCUUCUCUGCAGGCCAUGGGAUGGGGCAGCAACGAAGUGGGCUCCAUGAAGGUCCACAGUGGCGCGUGGGUGUGCUACCAGUACCCUGGCUACCGCGGCUACCAGUACAUCCUGGAGUUUGACCACCACGGCGGGGACUACAAGCACUGGCGGGAAUGGGGCUCCCACGCCCAGACCGCCCAGAUCCAGUCCAUCCGGCGGGUGCAGCAGUAAGGCCUUCCUGCUCGCCUCUCUCUGGGCCCUGGGGCCGCUCUCCACCACCAACGCCGCCGCGUGCCGAUGCCCAAGGACCCCCCUGGCCCUCCUUGCCCUCCAUGGGGCUGAGGGGCCUCCUCUUCCUCCUCCUCCUCUCCUCCUCCCAGGGCCCGCUUGGCUGCCACAGAUAUGAAUAAACACCUUGGAAGAAACCGCAUGUCAGGAA